AACUUCAUCACGGGGGCGAAACUUUCAACGAAUGUUUGAAGAGUUUGUGCUGUGGGAGCCGGAGACUUUAUUAAAUCCGAGCAGUGGAUGGACAUACAUCAAAGUGUGAGAAGUUUAGGCUUUAAACUCAGAUAAUAUGUUAUUAAUCUGUCAUGGUAAGUACGUAUUCAAUUAGAGCAGAGGCUGACAUGUUAUACAGUACAGUACAGUACAGACUGACCGGCGUCUCUUCAGCAUGAAUGAAUGAAUCUUUCAGUCUUGGAGAAGUUCUGAACGCGGUUGAGUCGAGUGAAAAUGGGCGAUGAAUCAAAGCCAGUGGACGGAGAGGUGAAUGAUCAUAAAUAUUUAUCAAAAACAGACGCGACUGAUGGUGAGGUGACUUUUGAGCACCGCAACGCACCGCCGGAAACGCGUUUAUAUAAAAAGAGAUGGAUCAUAGUGUUAUUAUUCAGCUCGUAUUCGCUAUGCAACUCCUAUCAAUGGAUUCAGUACGGAAUCAUCAACAAUAUCUUCAUGCGCUUCUACAGCGUGGACUCUUUCACCAUUGACUGGAUGUCCAUGAUUUACAUGUUGACGUACAUUCCGCUAAUUUUUCCCGUUUCAUGGCUCUUGGAUAAAAAAGGGCUGAGGGUCAUCGCGCUCGUGGCCGCGGCUUUGAAUUGCACGGGCACGUGGAUCAAGGUGGCCAGCGCCAGACCUGACCUUUUUCCGGUGACAUUUUUGGGUCAGUUCAUGUGCUCAGUGGCUCAGGUGUUUAUUCUCGGGAUGCCCUCUCGCAUCGCAUCGGUGUGGUUCGGAUCGGAAGAAGUGUCCACUGCCUGCUCCAUCGGGGUCUUCGGAAAUCAGCUGGGGAUCGCCAUAGGGUUCCUUGUUCCGCCAAUACUGGUUCCAAAUGUGGAAGAUCUGGACGAGUUAGCAGCUCACAUCAGAGUCAUGUUCUACAUCACGGCGGGUGUGGCCACGUUCCUGUUUAUAUUGGUCGUCAUUGUGUUUCAGGAACGUCCGGAGCUCCCCCCAACCCACGCUCAGGCCGCGGCUCGACGGAUCUCUCCGGAGAGCUACUCGUAUACGGCAUCCAUCCUCAGGCUGCUCCGCAACAAAGCCUUCAUCCUCCUUGUCAUCACUUAUGGGCUGAAUGUUGGCUGUUUCUAUGCUGUCAGUACGCUGCUUAACCGAAUGAUCAUUGAACACUAUCCUGGAGAGGAGGUGAACGCCGGCAGGAUCGGCCUCACCAUCGUAAUCGCCGGCAUGGUUGGUUCCCUCAUCUGUGGGAUCUGGUUAGACCGAUCUAAGACGUACAAACAAACGACUCUAGCCGUGUAUCUGAUGUCGCUUGUGGGUAUGGUGAUUUAUGCUUUUACCUUGGAUCUGGGUCACCUGUGGGUGGUCUUCAUCACAGCAGGAGCCCUCGGGUUCUUCAUGACGGGUUACCUUCCCCUCGGUUUUGAGUUUGCUGUCGAACUGACUUACCCAGAGUCUGAGGGGACGUCUUCAGGGCUUCUGAACUGUUCUGCACAGGUAUUUGGGAUCAUAUUUACGAUCUGUCAGGGGAAAAUCAUGGACUCGUUUAACACUCUGGCUGGAAAUCUGUUCCUGUGUGCCUUCCUGCUGAUAGGAACCUUCAUUACAGCCUGUAUUAAGUCGGAUCUGCGCAGACAGUUGGCAAACCAGCAAGCACUGGCAGCUGUAAGUAUCAAACCAAACUUAUCAGCAAAACAGUUAUGCAAUUACACUUUACAAUUACGCUUUACACAUUACAUGCAAUAUAUUGGUGAUAAAAAGCAGAUAACAGUUUACAUAACCAUCCUAUUCAGGAAUAAAUUCAUGUUUUGUGUUUUCUGCGAGUGUGUUUGAUGUUUGUCAGAUUGAUGCAGCAGAAAUCUUUUUAUGCCCACUAACAUGUACUACAGAUACUAGAAAAAAUGACAUGUUGUUUCUGUCUCAUGUUUCUGUAUUAUUAUACUUUAACCUGAACUCCAGUGUUCAUUCAAAGGUGCUUUUGGUUUGAUAGCUGUUGUUUCAAACGUCCACAGCAGGAACGUGACCGCGUUCCUGCAGAUUCUCAAGGGUCUCCGGCCUCGAGCAGCUCCUGUGGCGCUUUUGAACUUUUUCUUGUGUUGACAUUCCAGCGCUGUGAUUGGAUAACACACGGGAAAUGCUCUGAGAUUCACAGCAGCUCUAUAAACACAUUUCAUCCUGUUCUUCACCAUCACUCCUACUCCUCUUUACACGCGAUGUCAUGUUUUCUUGAUCCACGCAUCCCAUUCAUACACCCUUUCCAAUUUCCCACAAUCCUGGCUUUGUUUUUCCGCUUCUACACUAUCAUUCCAAAGUGUGUAGUUGGUAUGAUUUUCUAAAUGGUUUGGAAAGAAGUCACUUAUGCUCGCCAAAGCUGCAUUUAUUUGAUCAAAAAUAGACUAAAAAAGGUAAUAUUGUGAAAUAUUAUUACAAUUUAAAAUGACUGUUUUCUGUUGUAAUAUAUUUUAAUAUGCUGAAUUUUCAGCAUCAUUACUCUGGUCUUCAGUGUCACAUGGUCCUUUUGUAAAAGUUGAAAAUAGAAACAUUCUCACAUUCUUAAUGUCUUUACUGAUACUUUUUUUUUAAAGGAAUUAAAUUAAAUCUUUGCUGCAUAAAAGUAUUAAUUUCUUUAAAAAAAUUAAAAAUGGAACUUUUUCCAUUUCUUUUUCAUUUAUCCUGUUCUUCCUUUCUAUUUAUUUGAAAAUAGAAACAUUGUAACAUUCUUGAUGUCUUUAUUCUUAAUUUUUAAUCCAUUUAAAUGCAUUCUUUCUGCAUAAAAGUAUUAAUUUCUUUAAAAAACUUAAAAUUUGUACCCGUGCCAUUCCUCGUUUCUAUUUAUCCUGCUCUCCCUUUCCAUUUAUUUGAAAAUAGAAACAUUCUAACCUUUGAAAAUAGAAACAUUCUAACAUUCUUAAUGCCUUUACUAUUACUUUUUAAUCCAUUUAAAUGCACCCUUGAUGCAUAAAAGUAUUAAUUUCUUUCAAAAACAUAAAGAAUUGUACAUUUGCCAUUCCUGUUUUGCAUUAAUCUGCUGCUCCCUUUCCAUUUAUUUGAAAACAGAAACAUUCUAACAUUUGAAAAUUGAAACAUUGGAACAUUCUAAAUGUCUUUACUGUUACUUUUUGAUCCAUUUAAAUGCAUCCUUGCUGCAUAAAAUUAUUCAUUUCUUUAAAAAACAUAAAAUUGUACUCUUUCCAUUUCUCUUUUCUAUUUAUCCUGCUCUCGCCUUUCCAUUUAUUUGAAAAUAGAAACAUUUUAACAUUUGAAAAUAGAAACAUUGUAACAUUCUUAAAGUCUUUGCUGUUACUUUUUGAUCCAUUUAAAUGCAUCCUUGCUGCAUAAAAGUAUUCAUUUCUUUCAAAAAUGUAAAAAUUGUACAUUUGCCAUUCCUCUUUUUCAUUUAUCCUGCUCUCCCUUUCCAUUUAUUUGAAAAUCAAAGACUUAAAAACUUUACUUUUCCUCUUUUUCCAUUUAUCCUGUUCUCCCUUUCUAUUUUUUCACUUAUCCCAUUCUUUGUACCAUUCCUCUGAUCAUCUCAUGCUCUGCUACAGUUUCCUUUCUCUCUAAAUCCAUUCACGUUCACAGAUCAGUGUGUGUGUGUGUGUGUGUGUGUGUGU